AUGGCCACCAAUGACAUGAUCAAUGCGAUCAAAAGCGGGACCGGAAAUGCCGACAUGACGGACGUCGACUUUCUCGUUGUUGGAACGGGUCCUGCGGGUGGAUCCCUUGCCUGCUUCCUAGCCCAGAAUGGACUCAAAGGCCUCAUGGUCACCAAUCGACGCAGCCAUGCGGACACGCCUCGGCCACACAUCACAAACAUGGCGACACUUGAUUGUCUUCGCGACAUUGGGCUGGACGAUGAAUGCUACAAGGUAGGGAUUAGUAAUGAUUACAUGGCACACACGCGAUGGUCCGCGAGCAUGGCAGGUGAAGAAUACGCGCGCAUAUACUCAUGGGGCAACUCACCCAAGCGCAAAGGCGAUUAUGAGCUUGCGAGCCCAUCUGUCGUGAUUGAUUUGCCACAGACACAGCUUGAACCAAUUCUUACUCGCUACGCUGUUCAAAACGGAUUCCAUUGUCGGUUUGACACAGAACAUGUUUCAUUCGAGCAACUUGAGAAUGACGGAGGCGUCAUUAGUACGCUCAGAGAUAUGGUCACCAAUUACACAUAUCGCGUGAAAUCGAGAUAUCUUUUCGGCGCCGAUGGCGGGCGUAGUCGAAUCGCCAAGGCGUUACAGCUCCCAUUUACGGAGAAGCCAGGCGGUGGAUUUGCCGUCAACCUUCUUGUUGAGGCAGACAUGGCGCAUUUGAUGAAGAGCCGCAUAGGUGAUUUGCAUUGGAUUCUGCAGCCCGAUCGAGAGACCCCUGAUUGGGCAUUUCUUUCAUGUAUCCGUAUGGUCAACCCGUGGAAUGAAUGGGUCGUUGGGUUAGUCAUGAGACCAGGGGUAGAAAGGAAAACUAGGAGGCCUGAGGUCUACGUGGGGAGAGUACGAGAGUUGAUCGGCGACAAUUCUAUUGAUUUUAAGAUCAAGGCCGUGUCGACAUGGGCGAUCAACGAGACAUUUGCAGAUGUCUAUUCGAAAGGAGAUGUGUAUUGCCUCGGAGACGCCGUCCAUCGCCAUCCUCCGAAUCAUGGACUAGGCUCGAACACUUGCAUACAGGAUGCUCACAGCCUCGCUUGGAAAGUCGCAUAUGUUCAACGCGGAUGGGCGGGGAAAGCAAUAUUGUCAUCGUAUAAUGACGAGCGACAGCCUAUCGGUAAAGACGUUGUGACUCAUGCCAAUGCAUCGCUCCGCAACCACGUAAAGAUAUGGGAGCUUUUUGGCUGCCUUGAACCCGAUAGCAAGCAGGGAGCGACUGUUCUAGCUGCACUCAAAGAGAACUUUACCCUCGGCCAGCAAAAACGCAAAGAACUUCAAGAGGCAAUCCGACUCACUGAUCGAGAAGAGCACGGUCUUGGCAUUGAGAUGAAUCAGCGCUAUCGUUCGACAGUAGUCUAUCUGGAAGAUGAGAAGGACGGGCCGCCUGCUUUUGACAAGGAUCCAUUGGAGCAUUACCAUCCGACCACAUAUCCUGGCUCGCAUCUUCCACACGUAUGGCUCAGCCACGCAAUUCCAUCCAAGCCAAUAUCAACGAUUGAUCUCGUUGGAAAAGGCUGCUUCACUUUGAUCACUGGUAUCGGAGGCGACGACUGGCGAUGGGCAGCCCAGAUGGCGACAAAAACGCUCGGCGUACCACUUGUGGUACGUCAAGUUGGCUUCCGCCAGGACUAUGAAGAUCGCUAUUUUGACUGGGCGAAGCUACGAGGUGUGGCAGAGUCCGGCUGCGUGCUCGUUCGACCGGACUAUUUUGUGGUUUGGAGGUGUAUGGAAUGGGAAGAUGGCAAAGCUGAAAAGCUAGUGCAUGUUCUUAGAACAGUCUUGUCUCGCUGA